AUGGUGACAGAAGCCACGAAAGCCAAGGCAGAGGUCUACCAUGGAGACAAGACAUGCAGAGAGAAAUUCGGUUCGCUUUUGUCCGAAAUCGGAUUACCAAACCGGCUCCUUAGUAACCAGGAGAUCGAAGAAUGCGGUUACGUGAAGGACACGGGUUUCGUGUGGUUAAAACACAAGCAAAAAGAUGCAAAAGGGACAAAUCAAGACCGGUUUAGAUUCGAUAACGUUGUUGUAUGUUUCGAAGCUGAAGUCACUGCGUACUUCGAGCCCAACAAGAUCAAGAAACUCACCGGAGUUAAGGCUAAGGAGUUCGUGGUCUGGAUCUCUCUCGGUGAGAUUCAUGUAAACCGUUCCUCUGGUUUGAUUACCUUCAAGACACAGGUCGGUUUAUUAUCUAAGUCGCUGCCUUUGUCAGUGUUUGAAGACGUUCAUGAUGUCAAGGAGAAGCCAAAAAAAGCUUCCACAAAAAUUCAACCACUCUAA